CUUAUUUUUACCUUUUCAAAUGUAUAAAUUACACACUUCGUUGUAUACAUAAGAAGCAAAGGUGGCGGCUCAAUCUGGUCACACACCGACAAGAGGAGGAGGAGGAGGAGGAGGAAAUGGGCAAAGGAAGCAGCUCAUCGUCGGCUUCUUCAUCCACAGCUUCGUCUCUGUCCCGCCGUCUCAAGAAACGCCUCACCACCGAUCUCAACCUCGCACUCGGAUUCUCGCCAGAUUCUCACCAAGAUCACAACCACCCUUUUUCUCCAAAGGAGGCUAUCGAAGAAGGAGAUGAAUGCGACAAUGUGGCUACCUUCUAUGUGAAGGUUUACAUGGAGGGCAUUCCCAUCGGUCGGAAACUGGACCUGUUGGCUCAUGAUGGGUACUGUGACUUGAUCAGAACUCUCGACUGCAUGUUCGACACCAACAUCAUGUGGUCAGAAGAGGAAGGAGCUCAAUGUGGAGGGUGCCAUGUGUUGUUGUAUGAAGACAAGGAAGGGGACUGGUUGAUGGUUGGGGAUGUUCCUUGGGAGAUGUUCCUGUCAAGUGUGAAGAGACUGAAGAUCACAAGGAUAGAGUGAUUUUGCACGAGGGUUGCUGUCCUGUUCAUCCACCAGAAGACAAAUUUUGCACCCUCUCUCUCUCUCUCUCUCUCUGCCACUCAGCAUCUCCUUUUUGCAAAGCAAUGUGAAGAUGAGUAGUCCAUGGAUGUGCCUUUCUUUUUUGGGCCCAAAAUCACACACACAUGUGCUUAAAAGCCCGAUCAUAGUUCUGUGUAUAUAACUCACACCGAAUGAUAUCACGACAGUCAACAAGAGUUUCUUCUCAUCUUUUCCUUGUAUGAGUUGCUCAAUGGUUGAAUCACUGUGCAUGCCCAAAUUUCACUUCUUUUCUGAACAAACUACUGCAAAUUAC